CAAGUAAAUUUUUGGCGCGUUCGCCUGAUCGUCAUAAAUUUUAGACCACUGAAACAUUACUGCAUUUCACGGAAUUUUCCGAUCUAAUCACCAGAAGUAUAACCCUUUGCUUAAGGUAAGGUUCUAUUUCAUAGAUUGAAGGAGUAAUAAUUCUAAAUUCUUCCUUGCAAUCGCGGCAAACUCUGUCCAAUUCAAGUCUUGCCAAAUGGAAAAAAAAUUAUUUGUUAUUUGUCAUCUUUGUUUUAAUUCUCUACGGCAGAUUUAAUAUUUUGAAAACAUGGCAGUAAACGGUGUCAAUGGUCAUGGAUUUCACUUCCUUCGUGAGUCCCUUGAAGAGAACGAUCCCGAUAUUUACGAAAUUUUGAAAAAAGAGAAGCAACGCCAAGUUCGCGGCCUCGAGCUCAUCGCCUCGGAAAAUUUCACCAGUACAGCUGUUAUGGAAGCUCUUGGUUCAUGUAUGACCAACAAGUAUUCUGAGGGGCAAGUUGGACAGAGAUAUUACGGAGGAAACCAGUUUGUGGAUGAAAUGGAGGCAUUGUGCAAGAAGCGAGCUCUCGAAGCUUUUCGGUAAGAUGAUUGAUACACGUGUAAUCUUGGUCACGUGUUUAACGGUUAUUAGUUUCAUCCAAGCUAGUCGAAAUUUACCUCACUGAUGAUAUAUUGAAGGAUAAGGCUAAAUGUAGAAUUUUUCCCGACCUGAAGAAAUUCGGUAAAUUCGCAUGAUCACACGCGAAAGAACCCGUAUGAGUAAAGUUAUGCAAUCCUUUCGAUCUCAGCAAUGGAGGUUGUUCUUAUCGAACAGGUCACGCAAUUCGCCUAAAUGGAACUAUAGCUACUCGGAAGAUGUAAAAGUGUCGGGAAGGAUCGAAGGUUUUAUUGAUUACGAAAAUUUGAACAUAAUUGGAGCAGGUUGCAGUAAUUGGUUACAUUUCUACAUUUAUUCACUUGAUACUCAACAGGUCUUUUACACUUAAAUUUGCCAAUUCAUCAAAUUCGCCAAAUUCCAAAUAGUUAACUAUUUUGAUCUGAAAAUUCAGCUUGACUAGUGAGCCUAAAACAAGUUUUUAAAGUUAAGGGAUUGUAAUUAGUCUGUAAUAUUGUUUCAAAUUUUUUAAUUAUUUCUUAUAAGAUAUUCAAUGGAUAAAAUAAAUUUUUUGCUGUUGAUUUUGUUUACUUCUGCAUGAAAAGUUUAACAAAACACUUUUAAGUUGCUAUAUCAGUGACAUAAAAGUCAAUGUCUACAAUGUGAAGAGUUAAGCAUCUAAAGACUGUGAAAGCUGGUGAUUGUAGCCUCCCUGAGCAGUGCAACCUACAUUUUGUCACAAUUUAUCCAGUCUCUUCCUUGAGACAUAGGUUCAUGCUCUAGGUAUCUUUAUUUGGUAAGCUUAAUUUUAAAUGUAGUUUGCUGGUUCUCACGUAUGAUGAAGGAUAGAUCCAUAGUCACCAUUUUGUUAUUACAUUAUAUAAGGCAAACAGAUCACAGAAGAGUAAGGUGGUAAGUUUCUAAAGAAACUGUGGGUGCUGUGUUGGUGGGAGAGUAUAAAAGAGCAAUUUAGUAUUAUCAACUGAGUUGAUAAGGUAAAUUGGUCACCAUUAAGAGUCUCAAAGCUUCAUCAGAGCAAAUGAAGAAGGGCUAAUGCUGGAAAUGUCCGCGUUGAAAGUCUUUACAUUGGCCAAAUUAUGUUAUCACUCAGGUGAUAAUACUAAAUUAUCAGAUUACAGAGGACAUUGAAAUGUGGUAAGAACAUGUGUGACACGUGGCUGUGCACAGUGUACAAUGUACAAUGUACAAUGCUUGCUCAUCUGUACCCUGUGUUUCUUUUUACUACCUUCUGAUGUCAUCUGUUACCACUAUUGAACAUAGGCACAGCAAUAUGCAAUCUAUUUAUUAUAUGUGAUACAGUAGCAAAAUACUGACUAGGCAUCUGUAUCUAUAUAUAUAUAUAUAUAUAUUGAAUACAAACAUGGCCUUUUGUAGAGAAACAAAUUGUUUCAUGCUAUUUACUGGUAUGUUAUUUUAUUUUAGGCUUGACCCAGAAAAAUGGGGUGUGAAUGUGCAGGCAUAUUCUGGCUCCCCAGCAAACUUUGCAGUCUACACUGGGCUUCUAAACCCUCAUGACCGUAUCAUGGGCCUUGAUCUACCUGAUGGAGGGCAUCUGACACAUGGCUUCAUGACAGAGAAGAAGAGGAUAUCAGCAACUUCCAUCUACUUUGAAUCAAUGCCAUACAAGACCAACCCAGUGACAGGCUUGAUAGAUUAUGAAAUGCUUGCUCAGACCGCCAGACUCUUCCGUCCCAAGCUGAUCGUUGCUGGAAUCAGUGCAUAUCCACGGCAUCUGGACUAUGCUAAAUUCAGGGAGGUUUGCAAUGAGGUUGGUGCUUACCUCAUGGCUGACAUGGCACACAUCAGUGGUCUUGUUGCUGGUGAUGUAGUCCCAGGUCCAUUUGAGUAUGCAGAUAUUGUCACAACAACAACUCAUAAGUCACUCCGAGGGCCACGCUCUGGUGUCAUAUUUUACCGCAAGGGAAUUAAAGGGUACAAGAAAAAUGGGGACCCUAUCAAAUAUGACUAUGGACCCAAAAUUGACUUUGCCUUGUUCCCUGGUCUUCAGGGUGGUCCACACAACAAUCAAAUUGCCGCACUUUGUACAGCAUUCAAGCAGGCCAACACACCAGAAUUCAAGGAAUAUGCCCAACAGAUUUUGGACAACUGCCAAGCACUGGCCAAGGUUUUAUUGAGUCGAGGCUACACACUUGUGUCAGGGGGAUCUGAUAACCAUCUGGUUUUACUUGAUCUGCGUCCACUGGCAAUUGGUGGUGCCUUAGCUGAGAAGGUUCUGGAAGAGGUCGCGAUAACAGGUGAGUUUCAAAAAGUUCUGUUACUAUCUAAUGACAACAUUGACAUCUUAAGAUAGUACUGACAUUUCAAAAAAAUAGUAUGUGUAUUCCGUACAAUGAAGAUAUCAUGUUUUAACCCUUAGCACUGUAACAUCAGUAUGUAUAUUCUCCAUAGUGUCAUCCAUACAUUUCUUAAGGUGCUGUUAAAAAGAAUUUGUCUUACAGUCAAGAACCUCUCUAGUUGAUGAUCAUUUCCUUUGUUCACAUGACCUAAACCCUUUAACUCCCAAGAUUUCAUCGGUGAUUCUCCUUACUGUCUGCUAUACAAUUUAUUUGAUGUUAGUUUAGAGAAUUUGGAAUUGGAUCAACCAAUAAUCCCCAAAUUGAUAUUUUUCUAUAUUCUCAUCACUUAUCUGGUUGAUAUUGUAUUGAUAUUGUAAGAAGAAAUUCUGUCUUGGUCACUUGUGGAAGUUAAAGGGUUAAUGUGUGACUCAGGGGUAAUAAUGUAAGAUGUAAGGGGAAAUAAGAUGGCUGUCACUCUUCAGGGUCAAAGGGCUUAGAGAGUAUCAAUUACUUUGUUAUUAUGUUUUUCCUCACAGUGAACAAAAACACCUGCCCUGGUGACAAAAGUGCUCUCCGUCCAGGUGGACUGCGCAUUGGAGCUCCAGCUCUCACAACCCGCACCAUGAAGACAAAGGAUUUUGAGCAAGUAGCAGACUUUAUUGACCGUGGAAUCAAACUGGGACUGGAAGUGCAGAAGAUCAGUGGGCCAGACCAAAAGAAAUUUGAAGAGGUUUUAUUGGGCGAUCAGUUUAAGGGCAAAGUUAAGGCAUUGAAACAGGAAGUUGAAGAGUUUGCAGUCCGAUUUCCCAUGCCAGGACAUGAUCUUAUUUAAGAUAUUGCUGCUAUGUGUGUGUCAGUCAGCAUUUAGAUAAAAAAGACACAUGCUGAUUAAAUAUUUAAAAUGAUAAUGUCAAGAUUCAUGCAUUUUGCAGAGCAACUUUCCAGGGGCUACAAUAAUAUUGAAGUUUCAGUUUAGUGUGAAAUGUCAUUAACCUUUUAACUCCCAAAUUUGUCACUCUCCUUACUGUGAACCUUACUAUUCUUAUAAUGUUAGUACAGAGAAUUUAGUAUUGGAUCAACUAAUUAUCCCCAAAUUGAUAUUUUUCUUUGUUCUUAUCACUUCUUUGGUUGAUAUUGUAUUGAUAUUGUAAGGAGAAAUUCUGUCUUGGUCACUCAUGGGAGUUAAAGGGUUGAGAUUGCAUUUGCAAUAUACAUGAAACAAGUGUCAUUAUUAAGGACUGAUAUGUUGCUCAAAAAUCAUGUUAUAC